AUGAAGCCAAAAAUGUGUCAUUUAAAUUACUAACCAGUCACAUCUUUGAAAACUCAAACUCUAGAUUUUGAUCUAUUAGAGUUAGAGAAGAUAAAUUUUUCAGUUAAAAGAGAUUAAAUGGUUGUUUAACUAAACCAAGAAUAAGAAAUCAACACACCAACUUUUAAAUAUAAAAAAAAUAAAAUUUAAGGUGCUGUCAAAGAAAUUGGUAAUAGGUUUCAUCAUUUAUUAUCCAAUUCCCCAAAAAAAUUAAUCAAAUCAACUAGAAAUUUAUCUAAAAGAUAAAAAGAGCCAUUAAAGAAUCUAAAAAAUUGA